AUGAAUAUCGAUGUGGUGUUUGAGAUACUCUUGCAUCUUCCUGUUCGAUCCCUCUUGAGAUUCAUAGGUGUCCACAAAUCGUGGUAUUACAUCAUUAAUUCUCCACACUUUAGAAAAUUGUACACCUUGCGCCGUAACAACAACAAAGAUGAGGAGGUACAUCUAUGCUUUCCUUCUAGUUUCAAUUAUGGUAGUACACAAGUAUCAAUAAAUCUCCUAGACAACGGGAAGUCAUUGAUGUGGUAUUACUUUCAGUAUAAUGACCAAAGGACGUUAAAAUAUGCAUCUGUAUCUGUAUCCGGGGCGGUUAAGGGUCUAGUUUGUAUAAGUUCUCCUAAUGUGUUAGGUCUUGCAGUAUGCAAUCCUUUUCUUGGUCAAUUGAAGAUUCUACCACUUCCUCUUUACGCUUCUACUCAUAGACAAGAUUUUUAUGCUCAUCAUGUGGGACUGGGUUUUGACGAAGAUUAUAAAGUGGUGCAGUUGCUGUUGUGCUCCGUGCACCACUGUUUACAUGCAAAUCUGUAUUCAGCAAGGACGAAUUCUUGGAGGGAAUUGGAUAGUGAUCAAGAUUUGAUCAUCGAGAAACCCAUAAAGUCGGUGUGCAAGAAUGGAUCCUUUGUUCACUGGGAAGGGUUCACAAGGACAAAGCGUAAGAAGAUUAUACUAAGCUUUGAUAUGAAGAAUGAAGUGUUUCGAACAAUUAAAAUAUCAGGAACGGGUGACCAAGUACUUGAUAAUUACUUUAGGCCAUUUAAGGUUUUUCCGAUUUUUGCAAAGGGUGAGUGCUCUUUUGUUAUUCUUGUUAUGGACGAAUGUAAGUUGAAGGUUUAUGAGUCGAGCGGUGAAGGAAGUGAGGUGAUGGGCUACGGGUGA